AUGUUGAUCACGAGAAAGGCGUUACUAACUUUAGAUACUUUUGCGGUUUUGGAUAAACAUGUUUUGAUAAAUUUUCUCAAAACAGAUAUCUUUAACACGGAGGAAAUCGAUAUUUGGGAAAAAGUAAUAAAAUGGGGAAUUACUCAAAAUUCUCAUCUUAGCGACGAUGUAUCUAAUUGGACCCCUCACGAUUUUGAUUCUUUAAGAAAAACUGUACAAGAUUGUAUUCCUCACAUUAGAUUUUUCGAUAUCUCGGGACCGGACUAUUAUAACAAAGUCAGACCAUUUAAGAAAAUUUUACCAAAAGAAUUAAAAGCUGAUCUUCAACAAUGGUAUAUUGGUCAAGAAGCUCCUUAUAGAGCGAUAAUGAUUCCUCCUAGGAUUAAACCAUUCGUAUCAACCAUUAUUGGAAAUGGACAUAUCGGUCAAUUGGCUGCUUGGAUUGACAAUAAACAAGAACCAUAUCUCUCAAAAAAUCCUUACGAAUUCAAGUUGUUAAUGCUUGGUAGUCGUGAUGGAUUAUAUAACGUUAGGGAAUUUCAACGUCGAUGUGGGAAAAAAGGUCCAACAAUUAUUAUCAUCAAAAUAAAAAAUUCCAAUCGCAUCAUUGGUGGUUACAAUCCAAUCGAAUGGUGUUCUUCUGAGGGUUACUUAUCAUCAAGAGACAGUUUCAUAUUUUCUUUCGACAAUAAUAAGAGUACGACAAAUUGUAUCCUUUCUCGUGUCGAAAAUCCGGAUUACGCCAUUUUUAAUUCCGAUAACAAUUAUAUUGGUUUUGGUAGCGAUUUGGAAUGGUUCGGUGGAACAUGUGAGCGAUAUAAUUAUCAAAGAAAAAUUCUUAAUCAAAUUGAGUUCACUAUGGAAAAUUAUGAAGUGUUCCAAGUUAAAAAAAGGCAUAACUAUUAA